AUGGUCAUUAAUACGAUCCACUGGUUCAGGAAGGGCUUGCGGCUCCACGACAACCCGUCGCUGAAGGAAUCUGUGGUGGGAGCGGACACCGUCCGCUGCGUGUACAUCCUCGACCCCUGGUUCGCGGGAUCUUCCAACGUGGGCAUCAACAGGUGGAGGUUUCUACUGCAGAGUCUUGAGGAUUUGGACUCCAGCCUCCGAAAGCUCAACUCGCGUCUGUUCGUGAUCCGAGGCCAACCCACUGAUGUCUUUCCCAGACUCUUCAAGGAGUGGAAGAUUACCCGCCUGUCCUAUGAGUACGACUCGGAGCCCUUCGGGAAGGAGCGAGACGCCGCCAUCAAGAAGCUGGCGUCCGAGGCCGGAGUGGAGGUGACGGUUCGCAUCUCCCACACGCUCUAUGACCUGGACAAGAUCAUAGAGCUGAACGGGGGCCAGUCCCCCCUCACCUACAAGCGGUUCCAGACGCUCAUCAGCCGUAUGGACGCGGUGGAGGUUCCCGCCGAGUCCAUCACCGCCGAGGUCAUGGGGAAGUGCGCCACGCCGCUGUCCGAGGACCACGACGACAAGUUCGGGGUCCCGUCCCUGGAGGAGCUGGGGUUCGACACCGAGGGCCUGUCGUCGGCCGUGUGGCCGGGCGGAGAGACCGAAGCCCUCACUCGACUGGAGAGGCAUCUGGAGAGGAAGGCGUGGGUCGCCAACUUCGAGCGUCCCAGAAUGAACGCCAACUCGCUGCUGGCGAGCCCGACGGGCCUCAGCCCGUACCUGCGCUUCGGCUGCCUCUCCUGCCGCCUCUUCUACUUCAAGCUCACCGACCUGUACCGGAAGGUGAAGAAGAACAGCUCGCCGCCGCUCUCGCUCUACGGCCAGCUGCUCUGGCGCGAGUUCUUCUACACGACGGCGACCAACAACCCCUGCUUCGACAAGAUGGAGAGCAACCCCAUCUGCGUGCAGAUCCCCUGGGACCGCAACCCCGAGGCGCUGGCCAAGUGGGCCGAGGGCCGCACCGGCUUCCCCUGGAUCGACGCCAUCAUGACGCAGCUGCGGCAGGAGGGCUGGAUCCACCACCUGGCGCGGCACGCCGUGGCCUGCUUCCUGACCCGGGGCGACCUGUGGAUCAGUUGGGAGGAGGGCAUGAAGGUGUUCGAGGAGCUGCUGCUGGACGCCGACUGGAGCGUGAACGCCGGGAGCUGGAUGUGGCUGUCCUGCAGCUCCUUCUUCCAGCAGUUCUUCCACUGCUACUGUCCGGUGGGCUUCGGGCGCCGGACCGACCCCAACGGGGACUACAUCCGGCGCUACCUGCCCAUCCUGAGGGGCUUCCCGGCCAAGUACAUCUACGACCCCUGGAACGCGCCGGAGGUGGUGCAGAAGGCGGCCAAGUGCAUCGUGGGCGUGCACUACCCCAAGCCCAUGGUGCACCACGCCGAGGCCAGCCGGCUCAACAUCGAGCGGAUGAAGCAGAUCUACCAGCAGCUGUCCUGCUACAGAGGCCUCGGCCUUUUGGCGACCGUUCCCUCCAACUCGAACGGGAACGGGAGCGGCGAGCCGUCCGCGGACGCGAUGGGAUUCCCCGUCGAGACGCCGCACGCCGCCGCCGCCGCCGUUGCCGCCCCGUCUCCCGCCGUUCCGGGCUACCAGGUGCCGGUCCCCCCGCAGGCCGACUGGCAGAGCGGCGUCAUGAUGUACCUGCAGGGCGACGGCCAAGGCGCCAUGCAGGGCCCGGAGCUCCACGGCGGGGGUUACCAGGCCGGUGCCGGCAUGAUGCGCUACGCUCAGCAGAUUCCCGGUGCCGCCGCGCAGAAAGGACCCGAUCAUCACUCCGCCGCUCCGACCAGCAGCAAGCGCCACAGCGAGGACGCCGGCAGCGGGAAGAGCUCCAAACUUCAGAGGCAGAGCAACCACUAAAGAGGUUCCCCUGUCCACCCCCCCCCCCCCCCCCCCCCCCCCCCCCCCACCCGCAUCGUGUAAACAGCCAAACAGGAAAUGGACACUUCUCAUUUUGUUACGGCACUACGAGGCUGCAUGACCCUCGACCCCCCCCCCAUUCAGAUCCACUCACAUGUCUCCGUCCUGGGGCUGCGGAUCCUGGACCCCCCCCCCCCCCCACCCCCACCCCCACCCGGCCCGGACAGGCUGUUACACUGUGCGUAUCUCCGGCUUACUAUUCCUUGUGUAUAUAAUGAAUUUGCUAAUUUGCAGCUCACAUACAACUUGUACAUAUUUGGAUAUUGUAUGUGUGUCUCUCUCUCUUUGUGUAGCCAUAGACCCACUGAUAUAUUUUUGAUAUGAGAUAUCAUUGCGGAUGGAUUCUUCCUCUGGGAAAAUUUUCAAUAAAAA